AUGCAAUUACCGGCAGGAUACUCAUUUAGAAAGUUAAAACAAGAUGACCCUUCAAAUGAUUAUUUAGAAACAUUAACAGUAUUGACUACUGUUGGAGAAAUAUCAACAGAAAUGUUUACAGAUUUAUUCAACCAUUGGCAAUCUUUGCCGGAGAUAUAUCAACCACACGUAAUCACUAAUGAAAAGGGAAUAAUCGUCGCUACAGGCAUGUUGUUUAUAGAAAGAAAAGCGAUUCACCAGUGUGGAAAAGUAGGUCAUAUUGAAGAUAUUGCCGUGGCCAAAUCAGAACAAGGGAAAAAGUUGGGAUUUUCUAUGAUUACCGGCUUGACUGAAGUAGCAAAGAACAAAGCGUGUUAUAAGGUUAUCUUGGACUGUUCUCCUCAUAAUGUUAAAUUCUAUGAAAAGUGUGGAUACAAAAACGAUGGGGUUGAAAUGGUUAAAAGGUUUUAG